UCGUGAUUCCUAACAGAAAACAAUUGCCCUCUUCGUCUCUCCCCGAAUCUCAUUUCUAGUUCAUUUUGAAAUUCUGAAGUAGCAGCAGGGAGAUCUUCAGCGAUUUAUCCAAUGGAGCAUCCAAAAGUUCAAGAGAUCCUAGAGAAGCAAGUCCUGUCAGUGGUCAAAGCCGUGGAGGACAAGAUCGACGACGAGAUCGCAGCCCUUGAUCGGCUUGACGACGACGACCUCGAGGCUCUCAGAGAGCGAAGGCUUCAACAGAUGAAGAAAAUGGCCGAGAAGCGAAGCCGUUGGAUCGCCCUCGGCCACGGCGACUACUCCGAGAUCCCCGCCGAAAAGGAAUUUUUCUCCGUCGUCAAAGCCAGCGAGCGUGUCGUCUGCCAUUUCUAUCGCGAGAAUUGGCCUUGCAAGGUGAUGGACAAGCACUUGAGUAUAUUGGCAAAGCAGCAUAUAGAGACACGAUUUGUGAAAAUUAAUGCUGAAAAAAGUCCAUUCUUGGCCGAGAAGCUUAAGAUCAUUGUGCUUCCGACCCUUGCCCUUAUAAAGAAUGCCAAAGUGGAUGAUUAUGUGGUGGGAUUUGACGAGCUUGGUGCGACAGAUGAGUUCAGCACAGAGGAACUGGAGGAGAGGUUGGCUAAAGCUCAAGUUAUUAUUUUUGAAGGUGAAUCAUCUCUAAAACCAUCAAAGUUCAACACCAAAACGAGAAGCGUCAGGCAAAGCACAAAUCCAGACUCGUCUGAUUCGGAGUGAACACAGAUUGCUACGGUUGUAAUUCCUAUUUCUGAUUUGGAGAGAGUGCCUAUUAGGUUUGCUGGCGACAUCCCAUCUUAUAUUUGGAGAAGUUGAGUUUCACCUGCUACACACAGGGUUGCAGUUUCUUGUGCAGAUUGAGCUUGUUCGGAUUUCAGAAGCAUUAUGUAAUAUUUAUGCCAUCACCAUUAAAACUAUCAAUUCGAUGGCUCUACUGUUAUUUUCUGCUCUAGUGUAGAAUACAGCAUCUCUUUAUGAAUUUUAGUGUUCCAAUAUCUUGGAUAAUUUACUUGUUCUUUUCCUUUUUCA